CUAAGCCGUCCGCAAGGGCGGAGGGGAGGGAGUGACGCUGAGGGCGGGGCGGUCCGCCGCGCUGCCGAGCUUGCGGAGCUGGGCGGUGCCGAGGAGGAGGUGGAGGAGGCGGUGGCGGCUGGGGUCUGACGCGGCCCGGUUCCUGACGCGGCCCGGUUCCUGGGGGCCUGCUUGUUUAUUUAUUUAUUUCCAGUGGGUGCUGCCAGCGUGUGCGCGCGCUGUCGCUGCUCGGCGGGGAGGGGGUGGGGGGAGGGCCCGCGCCCGGGGGGAGUUGGAGCCGGGGUCGAAACGCCGCGUGACUCGUAGGUGAGAACGCCGAGCCGCCGCCGCCGCUGCCGCCGCCGAGAAGCCCUGUUACCGCUGUGGGGAGGAGAGUCUGGUGCCGACAAGAUGGCGGACGGGGAGCUGAACGUGGACAGCCUCAUCACCCGCCUGCUGGAGGUGCGAGGAUGUCGUCCAGGAAAGAUUGUGCAAAUGACUGAAGCAGAAGUCCGAGGAUUGUGUAUCAAGUCUCGUGAAAUCUUUCUCAGCCAGCCUAUUCUUUUGGAAUUGGAAGCACCACUGAAGAUUUGUGGAGACAUUCAUGGACAAUAUACAGACUUACUAAGAUUAUUUGAAUAUGGAGGUUUUCCACCAGAAGCCAACUAUCUUUUCUUAGGAGAUUAUGUGGACAGAGGAAAGCAGUCUUUGGAAACCAUCUGUUUGCUAUUGGCUUACAAAAUCAAAUACCCGGAAAACUUCUUUCUUCUAAGAGGAAACCAUGAGUGUGCUAGCAUCAAUCGCAUUUAUGGAUUCUACGAUGAAUGUAAACGAAGAUUUAAUAUUAAAUUGUGGAAGACAUUCACUGAUUGUUUUAACUGUCUGCCUAUAGCUGCUAUUGUUGAUGAGAAAAUCUUCUGUUGUCAUGGAGGACUGUCACCAGACCUACAAUCUAUGGAACAGAUUCGGAGAAUUAUGAGACCCACUGACGUACCUGAUACAGGUUUGCUUUGUGACUUACUGUGGUCCGACCCAGAUAAGGAUGUGCAAGGCUGGGGAGAAAAUGACCGUGGUGUUUCUUUUACUUUUGGAGCUGAUGUAGUCAGUAAAUUUCUGAAUCGUCAUGAUUUAGACUUGAUUUGUCGAGCUCAUCAGGUGGUGGAAGACGGAUAUGAAUUUUUUGCUAAACGACAGUUGGUAACUUUAUUUUCUGCCCCAAAUUACUGUGGCGAGUUUGACAAUGCUGGUGGUAUGAUGAGUGUGGAUGAAACUUUGAUGUGUUCAUUCCAGAUAUUGAAACCAUCUGAAAAGAAAGCUAAGUACCAGUAUGGUGGGCUGAAUUCUGGACGUCCUGUCACUCCGCCUCGAACAGCUAAUCCACCGAAGAAAAGGUGAAGACAGGAAUUCUAGAAAGAGAAACCAUCAGAUUUGUUAAGGACAUACUUCAUAAUAUAUAAGUGUGCACUGUAAAACCAUCCAGCCAUUCGACACCCUUUAUGAUGUCACACCUUUAACUUAAGGAGACGGUAAAGGAUCUUAAAUUUUUUUCUAAUAGAAAGAUGUGCUACACUGUAUUGUAAUAAGUAUACUCUGUUAUAAUAUUCAACAAAAUUAAAUCCAAAUUCAAAAGUAUCCAUUAAAGUUCUAUCUUCUCAUAUCACAGUUUUUAAAGUUGAAAAGCAUCCCAGUUAAACUAGCUCUGUUAGUUACCCAGAUGAAAGCAUGAAGAUCCAUCUGUGUAAUGUGGUUUUAGUGUUGCUUGGUUGUUUCAUUAUUUUGAGCUUGUUUUGUUUUGUUUGUUUUUGCUAGAAUAAUGGCAUCUACUUUUCCUGUUUUUCCCUAAACAUUUUUAAAAGUGAAAAUGGGAAGAGCUUUAAAGACAUUCACCAACUAUUCUUUUCCUUUACUUAUCUACUUAAGUAACUGUUGGAUCUUACUAAGAAAACUUACCCCUCAUCACAGUAAAAAGGAACUUUAGAAAUAUACAAACUAUCUGAUCCAUUGAUUUUAAUCAAACAGUUUGACUGGGCAAACUUUGCAGCUGAUAAUGAGUAUUUCGCUUUUUACAAAAUUGCCACUGAUUUGGAUUUGUGCACUCUAAUCUUUAAUUUAUUGAUGCUCUAUUGUGCAGUAGCAUUUCAUUUAAGAUAAGGCUCAUAUAGUAAUAUCCAAAACUAGUUGGUAAUGUGAUUAUGUGGUACCUUGGCUUUGGGUUCUAAUUCGCACGAAACACCUUUUGGCAUGCUUAACUUUCUGGUAUUACCCUCACCUGCAUUGGUUUUGUUUUUUGGGGUUUUUGUUGUUUGUUUGUUUUUAGAUCCACAGAACAUGAGAAUCCUUUUUGACAAGCCUUGGAUAGCUGGCUCUCUUUCCCUCUCUCUAUGUGAAGGAUAUAUUUAAAUGAACGCUGGUCAGUGGGACAUUUGUCAGCUCUGAGUAUUGGGUGCUUCACUGUCUAAUAAUUGCCAUGUGGAUGUUGUUUUGACUGUAAGGCUAUGUCACUAAAGAUUUUUACUCUGCGUUUUCAUAAUCAAAGGUCAUGAUGUGUAUAGACAUGCUUUGUAGUGAAGUAUAGUAGCAAUAAUUUCUGUAUAUGAUCAAGAGUUUAUUGCAUUAUUUCUUUCCCUGUUUUUUUUUUUAAGGGUUAGCAUUAACAAAUGUCAAGGAGUAGCAAAGUCAACAACAAAGAUUUUAGAAGGAGGAACUAAGAGCAUACACAGACUUAUGAUUCUUUGGAUGUGACACUUACUGGAUGUGAUUCUAAAGUCUUUUAUUGAACAUUGUCAAAUUCGUACGCUUCAUAGGAUGGACAUAAUGUUUAUAUAAUGCCCUUCUUAUGUGUUACCAUAGAUGUGUGAAACCUUAUAGCGUCCUUGAAAGUGUUAAAUUGAGAACUCUGUUAACAUUUUAUGGAUUGGCACAUUAUAUUACUGCAAGAAACAUUUGAUUUUCAGCACAGUGCAAAAGUUCUUUAAAAUGCAUAUGUCUUUUUUUUUCUAAUUCCAUUUUGUUUAAAGCACAUUUUAAAUGUAGUUUUCUCAUUUAGUAAAAGUUGUCUAAUUGAUACAA